AUAGUAAAAUAAAAUUGUAUCAAAAAUUGUUACAGGUGCCGAGGGCUCCAGGAAUAGAACAGUGCAUCGGGUUUUCAGAAAUACUGUGAUGCCCACUACAAACCUAACGGCGAACGAUAUAGCAAGUUGUGUGGAAUCGGCAGUGAACGGUCUGAGUCAAAUGGAGCACAACACUGUUGCUCUUCAAGUUGUCACCGAUUUGUACUGCUGCUUGUCGUCUAUUACCAAACUGGCCAUCGAAACCCCUGCCGGGAACCGCGCUCCUCAUGUUGACAUCUGGGUGAGUUGGAUGGAUAGAGUGAGCUGGGAGUCACUGUCACUGUUCAAUCGGUGUUUGUCUGAUAUCCUGCACAAAGUCAGCCUCAACAAAGUUCCUGGCAAACAUUUGGAUUUGACUGUUGGGUUGGCAAUACUUAUAAAUUCUAUCUUUGAAACACUAGUUGUAUUUUCUCUUCCAAUAAUUCCGGUCGAAUUAAUUCAAUUUCAAUAAUAAUAAUAGUUGGCCUCAACAUCUCCCCUUGGAGCUAACCCGUUCCACCACAUGGCACCUUGAAUCUUUCUUCAAAUACUAAGAGAUAUUUUCUAUUCAUAAUAAAUUCCAUAAACCAAUGUUGUAGCCAAUAAGGUAGUGUUCUCGAAACUAUAGACUGCAUAUUAGUCUCUUCCACUGUCCCAAACAAAUUUGCUCUGUGACAAAGUGACUAUACUCUGUCCAGACUGCCAUGAGCGCUGAAAGAUUAAGCCGA